CGGAGGGGAUGGGCUGGCCUGUCCUCACCACCCCAUCUGGCGCCUGCCCGCCCUCUGCAAGGCGGGGAAAGGGUGGGCCAGCUUCCCUGAGCCCCUGGGAGAACAGGCUGGGGGGAGGGUGGCCUGUGCCGAGAGAUGGGGGGCGGUGGUGGCCACAGCAGAACCUCCAGGAGGUGACCGCCUGGUUUCCAUUAGGGAGCCCUGGUCAGAAGUUCGGGCAAGACGGCAGAGCUGAGGCUGGCUAUGCGGCUGAGCAUAUUGCUGCUGCUCCUGCUGCUGCCUGGCCACCCACCCACUCUCGGCAUGGAGGACGCCUCCUUCCCCCACCUAGGGGAGAGCUCGCAGCCCCCGCCCCGGGCCUGCCCCCCACGCUGCUCCUGUCCCCGAGCUGACACAGUGGACUGCGAUGGCCUGGACCUGCGGGUGUUCCCGGACAAUAUCACCAGGGCAGCUCAGCACCUCUCCCUGCAGAACAACCAGCUCCAGGAGCUCCCCUACAACGAGCUGUCACGCCUCAGUGGUCUGCGGACCCUCAACCUCCACAACAACCUCAUCUCCUCCGAGGGCCUGCCGGAUGAGGCCUUUGAGUCCCUCACCCAGCUGCAGCACAUCUACGUGGCCCACAACAAGCUCUCUGUGGCUCCCCAAUUUCUGCCCCGCUCCCUCCGUGUUGCUGAUCUGGCUGCCAAUGAAGUGACAGAGAUCUUCCCGCUCACCUUUGGGGAGAAGCCGGCUCUCAGGUCCGUGUACCUCCACAACAACCAGCUGAGCAAUGCCGGCCUGCCCCCCGACGCCUUCCGCGGCUCCGAGGCAGUCACCACCCUCAGCCUUUCCAGCAACCGGCUCAGCUAUGUGCCGCCCAGCCUGCCGCCCUCGCUGGAGCGACUCCACCUGCAGGACAACCUCAUCUCCAAGGUGCCCCGAGGAGCCCUAAGCCGCCAGACCCACCUCCGUGAGCUCUACCUCCAGCACAACCGGCUGGCAGACAGUGGCCUGGAUGCCACCACCUUCAGCAAGCUGCACUGUCUUGAGUACCUGGACCUGUCCCACAACCAGCUGGCUGCCGUGCCCGCCGGCCUGCCCCGCACCCUGGCCGUGCUGCACCUGCUGACCCGGCUGCCCACCGGCCUGCCCGCUGGCCUGCACACCCUGCGGCUGCAGCGAAACCAGCUGCGAGCCCUUGAGCCUGAGCCGCUGGCUGGCCUGGACCAACUUCAGGAGCUCAGCCUGGCACAUAACCGGCUGCGUGUGGGCGACAUCGGGCCUGGCACCUGGCACGAGCUGCAGGCCCUCCAGGUGCUGGACCUCAGCCACAACGAGCUGUCCUUCGUGCCCCCCGACCUGCCCGAGGCCCUAGAGGAGCUGCACCUGCAGGGCAACCGCAUCAGCCAUGUGGGCCCCGAAGCCUUCCUCAGCACGCCCCGCCUGCGUGCCCUCUUCCUCAGGGCAAACAGGCUUCACAUGACCAGCAUCGCCCCUGAGGCCUUCCUGGGCCUCCCGCAUCUGCGCAUGGUGGACACGACAGGCAACCUCGAGCAUGUCUUGGUCCGGCUGCCGCCCACAGCCCCACGUCAGCCAUGGGCAGGGGGCCCCUGAGCCUGGAGGGGCCCAAGCAGAGCAGCCAGACCCCUGGGGCUCAGCUGGGCCGUGGACUAAGGAGACAGCACCCACCUGGAGCCUCGAUCUGGCUCUCCCAGGGAUGGAGAGUUGGGCCUGCCUGACCUGUGCUGGCCAGGACGCUGGGACGGGGCGCCACAGCGACACACAGGGAGCCCGGGAGAGACUGAAGCGUGCACCUCACACGCCAGACGUGCAGGCAACUCUGACUCUGCUAGACACUUCCCGACUGCCCAGGCAGAUGGAGACGGCAAUAAUAAAGCCUAGCCCUUUCAAGUGCUCA